AUGUCAUCAAAUUUGUUUUACGAUAGUGAUGACGAACGCGAUAGUUUUGACAUUGAACGCCGACAAAUAGAAUCGUUUCAAAAACAAUUUUUAUCAGCUUCAAUAGAAAGUAGUGACGAUGAUGAUGAAGGUAUAAUUGAUGGUACGAAAAUUCCGUCAUCAACCAAAGUAAAAAGUCGUGCUCGACAUGCAUUUUUGGAUGUAUCAAUAUUGUCGUCAUCGUCUGAACAAGAACUACAGAUCGAUGACGAAAAUCCAUUUGAUAUUAUUUCAAAAUCGAUCGAUAUCGAACACAUAAAACCAGUAAAAAAGAAAAAAAGUCUUGGUGUAUCGAAAUCAAAAAUUCAACUUGAAACAUUGGAUAUUUAUGAGCAAGAUGAUAGUAAUAGUCGAAGUUCAUUUCCAAGUAAAAUUGACGAUGAAGAAGAAAUACAAUCAAAUAAAACAAAAACAAAUAAUAAAUCGAAAGUUCGUAAACCUACGAAAGGAAUUGUGCUUGAAACAGAACGCAAAAUGCAACAGCUCAGUCGUUCCGAACAAUUGGUAUUACCGACUUUUGUACCAAAACCAUUAGAAACAUGGCAUGCAUUAGAAAAACGAUCUCGACUAGAAUUAAUGAACGAAAUUCGUGCCAAAAAUCCUUCAUUUACUCCACAAGAUCCUGAACUGCCAGAACUACCGGUUGUUAAUAUUGAAUCUGCAGUUGUCUCAACACUUGCUGAUUUAACAAAAUUAAUCGAAGAUAAACCAAAAUCGUCGGAUAAACUCAGUAAACUUAGUCGAUUUUUAAAUCCGGAUAUAUUAAAAAAGAAACCAACCAUGUCAAAUAUAAUGAAAGAAUCAAAUACAAUGAUUGAUUUGAAUGAUACGAAAAAAGCACCAAGCUACCCAACGAUGAAAUCAGCAUUAAACAUUUCUCUCGAUUCUAAUAAAUCUCCAUCUUCCAGUAAGAAACUAUUUGAUAUGCAAAAGCAGCUGGGUAUUCGAAUGCAAGUUAAACGAGCAGCGAUGUUAGCUGACAAUCCUACAAACGUACAAAUCGAAGACGAAGAUGAAGAUGUGAAAGAAAUUGAAGAUGAUUCAUCGGAUUCAAACGACGACGCUGAUUCAGAAAUAAUAUCAGAAAUCGAUAAAGAAAAUGAUGAUUUACAAGUCGAUGAAGAAUCCGCACAUUUAACGAAUGAUGAAGACGAAAUCGAAGAAGAAGAGGACGAGGAGACGGAAGAGAAAGAAAAUACAAACCCAUCUUCGGAUCCAAAUCGACCGUCAUUAAAGACUAUACUUACACGAUUAGAAUCAUCUAGUGAAUCAGUGCAUAUCCAGCCAAAAGAACAAGACGGCAAAGCCGAAUGGUUUAAUUCUUCACGUCCUGCUCAAUUUGAUUCUGAACUUGAAAUGCUUUGUUCUGGCGCAUUCGAUGGUGAUAAUAUAAUUGCUCCAUCACAAAAUUUUAAACAUACGGAACCGAUUGCUUUUUCUCCAUUACCAGCAACGCAAAUCGAAGAAGAACCGGACAUUGAAGUCCGCCGUCCAAAAGUUCGACAAUUGAUUGAUGACGAUGAUGAAGAUCAAACUGUUUCGAAUAAACAAUCGAGUAGUGGAAGUAACAAUGUCGAAGAAGAUGAAGAAGAAGAAGAGGAGGAAGACGGCUUUGAAGAUAAUGAAGAAUUGGUUGAUUUUAAAAAACAAUUAUUCGAGAUGGAAGCUGAAGAAUCAGGCAGUGAAGCUGAUGAAAAAGAAAAAGAGAAAGAUGAUGAAAGUGACGAUGAUGAUGAUGAAGAACCAGAUGAAGAAUUACGACAAUUUAUUGAUACAGGAGCAAUAGAAGUAGAUGAAGAUGAAGCUGAUGACAUGGCAAAAGUACAUCUAAAAAUCAAAGCCAAAGAAGAUGAACAACAAUUAAAAUUACUUAAAGAGCAAUAUCUUGAUUUCGAUGGCGAUGAUGAUGGAAGAAGGAUAAAAAUCUCGAAAAACAUGGACGAUGAUGACGACGAGGAAUAUGAUCCUGAUUACAAUAGUGAAGACGGAGACGACGAUGACGAUGAAGACGAAGAUGAAGAUCCAAUGGAUAUGAAAGAUCGAUUCAGUGAAUUAGAACGACAACGCUCGAUACAAGACAAUCAAGCUGAAGAACUUCAUCUCAAUGAAGAUUUGGAUAGUAUUGGCCAAAAUAGUUCCAUGUUUCAAAAAGGUCUUGCACUUAAACAGAAAAAACUUCAAAGUACAACAAUGACUCACAUUGAAUCAACUACUCAAACCAUAACCGAUACGACAACGAGAAAAGGCAAUCAAGCCCGUUCUGUUACUCUGAGUUCAGUUCUACUAGCGAAACGAUUUAGCUCAACACUUCUAGCACCAAUGAACCGAAAUAAUGUAACAGUAGCGACUUUGAAAAAUACCGAUGAAGCAGCAAUCAAAACUAAAAAACAACAUAACCCUCGACGACAUGUUUUUGCAACGAAUCUCAUAGUACCUGCUACAAAUGAAAAUGAAAAUCCGGCUCCAUCAACGACAUCAUCUGGUGAAAAACGAGCGAAUUCCGCUGAUAAAUCCCCGAAAAAGAAUAUUAAAAGAUUUAAACAAACAACAGCGGCGACAGCAGCAGCAGCAACAGCUGCCGCUGCAGCAACAAAAGCAAAAGAAUCUUCGACAAGUGUAUUUUCAGCUUUAGCGUUUUCAAAUACACGUCAUUAA